AUGGAGGAAGAAAAGAUUGUAGACAUGUUCGAAGUGCUGUAUAACAAUGAAAAAGGGGAGUUAUAUAUAACAAACAAAUAUUUUAUUUUUAUAUCUGAAAAAACGAAAAAGGUAAAGGUUGACAGUAACUCGCUUUUUCUUAUUGAUGAUAUAGAUCUAAAGGUUUGUAUCCUAAGUUGGAGAAAAACAGAAAAGUCUAAAAAAACAAAAAAAAUACGUUUCUCUUUUGCUAUAAGAACUAUUAAAAAUAAUUUUUGUUUUCAUGAUUACAACAAUACAGAAUUAUACAUUUUUGAAUUUUUUAAUGACAAGGAUUAUAACAGUGUAUCAGAUCUAAUUAAUUAUUUAAAUAAAGGGAAUUUAAAGAGUCAUCUGUACAUAGAUUUUAACUUAAAUCUUUUAAGUGGUAAAUACAAAGUAUUUGAGGACGAAGAAGUAAUUGAUGGCAGUGAGGAAUAUAAGAAUAUAAGCAGUGAUAGAAAAAAGGAACUCCACAAGGUUGGCGGUGGAGCAAACAACGUUGGCGAUGCUGCAAAUAACAUAGGAGGUAGAGAAAUUAACACAGGCAAUAAUGAGAAAAGGAUUAGCGGUAGCGAUAACAAUGUUGACAGUAACGAUAAUGUCAGAAGUGCAAGGGGAAAAAAUACUGAAGGUCGAAUAGACAUACCCCCUCACCAUGGCAGCAAGUCCAAGGGAGAAAAACCAAAAAAUGUGGAAGAAAAAUAUGAAGAAAUAGAAAAAAAUAAAGUAAUACCUUACCUUCACAGUAGCAGUGAUGAGAAUAAUGAUAAUGAGAAUGAUAAAAAUUUAAAUAAAAAUGAUUGUUUUAAUGCAUUAAAUAAAGUGCUUGAAUCAGAUACGCGCUUAAAAAGUUUAUAUGAUAUGUGUAUAGAAAACAAUAUACUAGACAAAGAAGAAUUUUAUAAAUUACAUAAAAAUGAUAUAUAUGAACAUAGGAACGUUGGUUUAAGUGCAGAUACAAAUAUUUUAAAAGAACCAAUAUAUAUAACAGAAGAACAGAAGAAUUCUAAAAGUGUUGAAAUAAAUAAAGAAUUAAGUAAAUUAAUAUUAUCAGAAAAUACAGAAUUGAAAAAGCUGUAUGAUUAUUAUACUGAAAAUAACAUCCUAAAUGAAAGUAAAUUUUGGUUUUUUCUAUUUAACAAUAAAUAUAGUCAUUUAUUUUUUUAUGAUAAAAAUGAAAAAGAAAUUAUGGGAAAUAAAAAUUUUUUAAAUAUAAAAGAAGAAAAUUCUUUUGAAAAUUUAUCAUAUAAUGUAGAAAAUUUAAACCAAGACAUUAAAGGGACUUUAGAAAAAUGUAUUUUAAAAGAAUACCUAUCAACCAAAUCGUAUAAUAGAAAAAAUAUACUUUUUAAAAAUAAUUAUUAUUUUAAUGAGGAAAAUGUUGAAGGGUUUGGUGUAUUUACCAAUGAAAAAUUAAUUAAAAAUAACAACUCGCUUAACUUAUUAAUAAACAAAUUUAAUAAUUAUUGUAUAAGUAUGAUUAAGGAUAAAAAAUUUACUUUAGACAAAUUUUAUGAUGAUUUAAAAAAUAAAGUUGAGGACACGGAUUUAAAUCCUGUACAAGAAAAAAAAGAGUUACAUUUCAAUUUGGAAAAUAAAAAAAAAAGUUUAUCUCAUAAGGAAUAUACGAAUAACGAAUUGUCAGAAAAUAAAAAUUAUCUGAACAAACAUUUUCCAGCCUUUAUGCAAGACUUGAAAAAUAACAGACCAUCGAGCAAAAAAAAUUAUUCCGACCUCUACAACAUAGGUAGACAUUUAUUCGUUUUAAAUACAAAGAAGUGUCAGAACAAUCAGUCGUUGCUAAUUGGAACAAUAGAAUACGACCAGCACAUUCUUGAUAUUGUAAAAGACUAUCAUAUGAAAAUAAAUUAUUUACUUAACCUUUUUUACACCUCAUACAUUCCUGAGCAAAACAAGAGAAAUAAAAUCCUGGAAAACUUGUCCAGAAUUAAGGACGAAAUACAGGCCAAGCAGGAAGAGUAUAACAGCGUAUUAAUUAUGGGGAAACCUUUAUUAAUUCAUUUGUUUGAGCAAAUUAGUAUUUGCAAAAAAUUUAAUGAAAAACUUCAUAAAUACAUAGAAGAAAAAAGGAAAAAGGCCUAG